AUGGAAGUCCUUAAAUUUGCUGUAAAUUUGUGUCAAAAGGAUAUCACGGCCCUUGAGGGUAGUGCAGUCCGUAUUGAGUGUGAAAUAGUUUGUGAGGCUGAUCGUAAAAUUAUUUGGUAUCAAAAUGAUCAGCCACUUGAAGAAUCGGAACGCAUUCAAAUUCUCGCGGAAGCAAAUAAAGCGGUUUUGAUUAUCAAGGAUAUUAAAAAGGACGAUGCUGGCGUGUAUAAAAUUGUGGUUAGCAAUGGUGCCGAUGAAAUUACCGAUACUUGUAAGGUGAAUGUAACAACACCUACAGAAGUUGGAGAUAAAUCUGAAAAUAAGGAAGUAGUUGCACCAGAAUGUCCUGUGGAAAUAAAUACCAUUAUAACUCCACCAACACCAGAUCUAGCCAAGGGAGACAGCGUUUUUCUGGACACCAAUGUGGUGGAUGGUAAGACCGAGGCUGAGAAUUCUGUCGAGCAAAAAGAAGUUGUGGCUGCUGCAAUUUCGUCCGAACCCACCGCAACAGAAUCAGUUAAGGUUGCAACGGAAAAUAUUGAGUGUGGCAUAGAGGCUGUAGAGGCCUCAAAACAAUCGGAUACAUCAUCGGGCAUAACACAAGAAAAUUCGCAAAAUCAAGAGGUAGCGAAAAAUGAAACUGAUUCCAAAGAUGUCGAAGUCGUAACAUCUUUAAAGGAAACCGAAAACUCUGCGCCUCAAACUGAAGAUACAAAAGCAGAAAAUAUACCAUCUGCCACAGAAACUCAAGCAACUUCUGAUAAAUCAACUGAUGUACCUGCUUCUGAUCUUAAAGGAGAAAAUCCACCAUCCGCCACAGAAACACAAGCAUCUUCCGACAAGUCAACUGAAAUACCAGCCUCUGAAGUUAAACAGGAUGUGGCUACCGAAGUAAAGCCACCAGCAGUGGAACAACCAAGUGUUGAAUCUUCAGAGGUAACAAAACCGACAACCUUGACAGAACAACAACAAACAACAGAGGUACCGGAAAGUCCAAAGGAGGAAAAUGUAAAAGCUACAGAAGUUCCCAAAUCUCAACCAGUGGAAACUCCCCAAACCGAUGAAAGCAGUCAACAGCAAGCUGAUAACACGAAGACCACCGAUGAAAUAAAAUCCCUAGCAAAAUCGGAACCAACUGAUACUUCCCAAGAUAACAAUAAAUCUGAAAAUUCUACCAAUGUAACAACAGAAACUCAAACGCCUAAGGAGGAAACUCCAAAAGUUGAAGAAACAGCCCCAGCAGAUAUUACCUUGGAUCCAUUAACCACUUUACCAGCAGAUGAAACUAAAAAUGAAACUUCAGAUUCUAAUCAGCAAUCGAAGGAUACACAAACUUCUGAAUUACCAGCUGUAACAGAUUUGCCAACAACAAUAGCGGAAACUUGCCAAACGGAAGUUACAUCAUUGCUAACCCAGGCCUUGGGGGCCGUGGACACUAACCAACCCCCGAAGGAGUGCGGUGCUGAAGUUGAAACUCAAACACCCAAAGAAGAAACUGCACAACUUUCAGAACCUGGUACAAAUAUUGCAUCUACUACUGAUAGUUCAGCAGUACAAUCAGCUGUCCCUGAAGCUCCCCAAAAUCAAUCGGAACAAUCUGGUGAUGGAGCUAAGGAUACUACAACUGAAAUUAAACCUUCCACUGAAGAGACAAAUAAAUCUGAGGAGCCAGGACUAGUGGAAACGAGUGGUGAAGUGAAACUUGAGACCCAAACUUCAACGGUGGAACCAGUGGUAGCUGACACCAAUUCUGCAGGAGUUGUAGCUACAGAAGAUCAAGUAAAGGUAUGCGAAGCCGUUGCUCCACCAACCGAUCAAGUUCCAGCAGAAAUAUUAGCCGAAGAUUCUCAAACUUCAAAGAAGCAGUUGGACCGAAAA